AUGUGCAUUCUCCCCUCAACCUAUACAGGGGGCCCACGGUACAUGCACGAGCGAACACAAGACGCUAUGACUUACGUUCGGCAUUAUGGGCGACCCGAUUUAUUCAUUACCUUUACAUGUAACCCAAAGUGGGUUGAGGUAACGCGAGAACUUCUCCCAGGGCAGCAGUACUGUCAUCGCCAUGAUAUUAUUGCAAGGGUUUUCAGGCAGAAACUGGCUAAGCUCAUUCUUUUAAUAAAAAAAGGCCAGGUUUUUGAGCCUGUUAACUGCCACAUGUAUACUGUUGAGUGGCAGAAAAGAGGGUUGCCACACGCGCACAUUUUGCUUUGGUUGGUCAACAAAAUAGACCCAACAGUUCUUGAUGAUCUCAUUGCAGCAGAAAUUCCGGACCCAACUGUUGACCGGCAGCUGUACGACAUUGUGAAGGUACACAUGGUACACGGUCCGUGCGGUCCUGGUUUUCAAAAGUUCUCCUCAUGCCACAAAGACCACGUGUGCACUAAACGGUACCCAAAGAGGUUCGUGGACGAGACCCAGACCGGCCACGACGGAUACCCACUGUACAGAAGAAGGCACCCUGACAAUGGUGGAUUCACUAUAACGUUACGGGGUCAUCAAGUGGAUAAUAGGUGGGUAGUGCCGUACUGUCCAUUUCUGAUGAAAACUUUUAACGCUCACAUAAAUGUGGAGUUCUGUCAUUCAGUCAAGUCUAUAAAGUAUAUAUGUAAAUAUGUUAACAUGGGUUCUGAUGCUGCCAUGUUUGGCCUUCAAAAGGACAAUAGCAUGGACGAGGUGUCACAGUACAUGGCAGGUCGGUACAUAAGCAGUGGUGAAGCUUUUUGGCGGAUAUUCGGGUUUCCACUUCACCAAAGGCACCCCGCCAUCAGACAACUAGCGGUUCAUUUGAAAAAUGGCCAGCGAACUUACUUUACUGAACAGACUGCAGCUGAUUUGGUGGCAAAUCCAAAACAAACAACUUUGACCGGUUUCUUUAGGCUUUGCCAACUUGACACAUUUGCUAAAACACUUUUACACCCUCAGGUCCCGUCCUACUACGUGUGGUCAAACAACAAUUGGGUGCGUAGGAAGUCGGGUCAGGAUGUUGAAGGACAUCCUGGUGUCAAGUUUAACAGUUGUCCAGGAAGAGUCUACACUGUAACUCCAAACCAACAUGACUGUUUUCACCUGCGCCUUCUCCUCCAUGAGGUUUUAGGCCCACAAAGUUUUCAAGACAUCAGAACUGUUGAUGGUGUAUUAUGUGAUACUUUCCGUGAAGCCUGUUUUCGGCGUCGACUUUUGGAGGAUGAUUCGCAAUGGGGCGACACUAUGGCAGGUGUUUCAUUAAAAUUUCCUAAAAAAAUCAGAUCGCUUUUCGCUAUUCUAUUACUAUGGUGUGACUUGGCUAAUCCCGCCUCUUUAUGGCUUACCUACAAAGAUGAUAUGUCUGAAGAUUUCCUGCGUCACGCUCAAUCGCUACAUCCAUCAAUGGAGGUCGGGUACACUGACCUCAUUUACAACAGGGCGCUGCUUGAAAUCGAAGAUACUGUACUCGAUAUGGGCGAAUUCCCUUUCCUUAUCAACAACCCAAAUUUUGGUCUUGUCCAAGGAGAUUAUAAAAUGUAA